AUGAAUCCCAAAAGCAUAUUGCUUCUUUUAACCACAGUAACCCUCGCAACUGCUGUCCCUUUCUCCCAGCAGCAGACCCCAGUCUCAACCCCGACUAAACAAUCCGCACACCCAGCGCUGAGCGCCGCCUCUGCCUCUGCCUCACCAGAAGCACACAUCGGCAUCUGUCCAGACGCUCACCGGUCCAAACAAUGCUGUCAAAGCAUCGACGGAGUCGGAGAUAACAUCACCAAAUCAUUGGGCCAGGCUAUUCCAUGGUUUAACGGGGUUAAGUUGUCAAGUAUCUUGUCGCUUGAUUGUCAAGCAAUGGCCGAUACAGAUCCGAACGAAAAAUGUAUAAAGGAUGUCAUGUGUUGUAAAGGAUCGCCAAAUGAGAAGGGAGAUAGCCUAGCCAAAGAAUGUGAACCGUACGAGAAAGCAAUGCAGGAUAUGCAGGAAGCUCUGGAGAAGAAUAAGCAGCGGCCUCUUGAGAAGGCGAUGAGUUGGGCGGCUAUGACUAGUUCGAUGCUGGCGGCUUCUUCGUCAUCUGCGGCGGCGGCUUCUUCGUCUCCUAGGUUGGCUUCAAGCAGUGUGCAUGCUGUGCCCACGGGUCACUAG